GGUCGUCUGUUGCCCUCACCGCGACCUUCGCCCCAUCUCCCUUUUUCCUCCCUCCUCUCCCUGCCCCCUCCGCGGCUGCCUCCGGCCGGCCUCCCUCCGCCCCUUGGCCGCCUCCCCACCCCUCCCAGUCUCCACCUCCGAUGGUCCACAUCGGCCGGGAAGCACCGGAACGGAGAGAGCUCGCUGGAUCGCGGCCGAUCUGAGGCCGUUACCCGCCGUUGAUGGCGUCGGCGCUCCUCGCCAGUAGUAAUGAGCCGUGCUGGGGAGAACCAAAGGUUUAUAUGAGGAAGAACCCCAUUUCUAACCCUAACCCUAGGCCCUGCCCUAACCUGUGCACCGUCGACUAUGCCGGCGAUCGCACCGCGCGAUUCCGAACCAUGGAGCAGGAGGAGGCGCCGCCGGUAGCCACCGCCGUUGUGUCUGACGAUUCCUCUUCCUUCAACCGGAGACCCGCUGACCUCAACCACCGGAGGGAUCCUGCCGCUGGUGGCAGCGGGAGCUACGUGACCUUCAACAUCUCAGCCUACUCCAAGACGGAGCUGAGAGAGCUGAAGCGGCGGCUUGUCUCGGAGCUUGACCAGGUGCGGAGUCUCAUGAUCCGGAUCCAGUCGAGGGAGAUCCAGUCCUCCACUCGAUCCGCCGGAUUUGGUGCGUCGGGGAUCUACCCCGGUGGUGGCCGAGAGGUCACGUCCUCCGCCGGCCUACCACCUCUUGAUCCCUGGGCUUCGAGGCCCUCAGGUACCUUCUCCGCCAAGACAAACAAAGAGUCGGAGUCCGAUAAGCUCCUCGCGGCCAUGAUGAAGAAGUGCGGCCAGAUUCUUUCCAAAUUGAUGAAGCACAAGAAGAGCAUUUGGUUUAACACCCCCGUGGACGUCAUCGGCAUGGGUCUCCACGACUACUUCCAGAUCAUCAAGACGCCGAUGGACCUGGGCACGGUGAAGAAGAAUCUCCACAAGGGCCUCUACCCGUCGCCGGCAGAAUUUGCUUCAGACGUACGAUUGACCUUCAACAAUGCCUUGCUCUACAACCCUAAGGGCCACGAGGUGCACAAGCUUGCUGAACAGUUCCUCCGUCAUUUCGAAGGGCUGUUCGGGCCAGCCUUCCAUAAGUAUGAGAAGCAGGAGGAGCAGUGCAGGGUUUCUACGGAGGCGGCACCGAGUCCUGGUCCGCUUUUGCCAAUCCCAGCUUCUCCUCCAGUUCAAAGCCCGGCUCCGUUUCCGGUGGCACCCCAGGAGCAGCCAAGGCAGCAGUAUCCAAAUGUUGCGAGGGCGACAUUGGUGAAGCAACCGAAGCCCAAGGCUAAAGAUCCGAACAAGCGGCCGAUGAGCAUGGAGGAGAAGCAGAAGCUUAGCGAGGGGCUGCAGAACCUUCCGCCGGAGAAGAUGUCUCACGUCUUGCACAUCGUUCGGAAGGGGAACGUGAGCACAACGCAGAACGGGGACGAGAUCGAGCUGGACAUCGACACCAUGGACACGGAGACGCUUUGGGCGCUCGAUCGGUUCCUGUGCAACUGCAAGAAGAUGAUGAGCAAGAUGAAGAGGCAGGAGGCGAUCGCCAACGGGCUGCUGCUACAUGCUGGCCAUUCCGCCGCAGUUGCCGACGCCCAACUUCCAGCUGAAGGCGGUGGCGAGAUGUCUCCGGUGCUGGUGGAUGCGUCAGAAGUAGUUGCAGCGAAAAAGAGCAAGAAAGGAGACACCGCCGAGGAGGAUGUCGACAUUGGUGACGAAUUACCGAUCACGAACUACCCACCGGUGGAAAUCCAGAAGGACACCGGUUACGCCACCUCCUCCAGUAGCUCCGACAGCGAUUCCUCUUCGUCGAGUGGUUCCGACUCAGGGAGCUCAUCAGAGGGCGAUUCGGAUGAGGAGGAAAAUGAGGCGCGCUCACCUGCCGCCGGAGUAAGAUCUCAGAGAGACUAACGACAUGUCUGCAUAAGCUUUUUAUUUGUUGUUCUUCCUUAAUUCCUCUUCAGGUGUGACCUUGGUAGGAGUUGAUGAUAUUAGAUUAGAUUGGUAGCACAGGUGUAGCAUAUGUAAAAAGAGAAACAGGAAGUGUUUUAAAAGUGUAGGUGAUGCCUUGAAUUGAAGGGUGAGGGGUGGGGGGACUCCCUCAGCCAAGUUGUCUUCUUA